AUGUAUAGGUAUUUUGUCUGCACGUGUGUAUGUGCACCACGUUCGUGCCUGGUGUUCACAUAAGCCAGAAAAGGGUGUCAGGUGUGUGCUGGGAAUCAAUCCUGGGUCCUCUGGAAGGGCAGCAAGUACUCUUAACCGCUGGGCCAUCUCUCCAGCCCUCAAGGAUGUAUGUUUAACCAGCAUGAUCAUGGAUCCUGACAGUCUGACAAUCUGAUUCCUCCAAGACCUUUUUCCUUUUGGGGUAGGGACCUGAGUGGUAGGCCGGCACUCUAUCACUAAGCGCAUGCCAUCUCUGGGAUGGGAUUCUUAAAGUAAUUAGAGCCAUAACAAGAGAGCCUUCCAGCCAAGCAGCUUAAUUAAGUCUCUAACCUCACUUGGCUAACCAAGUGAUUUGAUCUAGCCACCACUCUCAGAUAGGUGUGGCAAAUUUUGAUACAUGUGUUUCCCCCAAUGGACUCUUUCUUUCGCUUUCAUUUUUUUUUUGCUCUCAAUUAUAACAUUGUAGCAACUUGAUGCUCCCCUCUGCCCCAACAGGCACACAGUUACUGACACCAUGGUACACUGUACGUGAGUCAUUUCAACUACUAUCUAAAGCACCGGUUAUGAUAACAGUUAGCAUUUAUGCCAGACACCAGUCUUAAAUCCUUCAGCUUUUUGUAGGCCAGUGAAUAAUUUCAAUACCACAAAUUCCUGAUGCUAGGUGCUCUUCGUAAUUCAAAAUAUCCCAGAUUUAGGGCCUGGGGCUAUAUUAACUCUGUUGGUAUACCAUUUACCUAACAUGAAUGAUGCCUGAGCUUGAUACCCAGCACUCCAUAAACUGAGUGUAGAGUACACGCCUAUGAUCUUAGCACUCUGGAGACAGUGGUCGGGGCUCACGGUUGUCCUUGGCUGCACAGCAAAUUCGAAAACAGCCUAAACUAGGGACCCUGUCUCAAAAAACAAAAAAAAAUAAACCUCAGAUUUAGAAAGGUAAUAUUGUCUCAUAUUUAGAAAGUACAGAUGUAGGGGUGAGGAUGUAGCUGUGGUAGAAUGCUAGGCUUUUGGCUUAAUCCCUAAUACCAUAAAUGUAAUAAUAGCUUUUUAAAAGGCAUAGUAAGAAAGCAUAUAUGUGUAAGACCACUAGUGAGUCUGCAGCAUCCAUUCCAAGAUCAAACGCUAAUAUUUUUGUCAAUGAAUGUCAGCUGUGGUGACUCAUGUCUGUAAUUCCAGCACUUGGAAGUCUGAGGCAGGAGGAUUGCUACAAGUUCAAGGUACUUGUGGCCCACACAACCUUCAUGUGGAAAGUAGAACGUGUGUGUGGCAAAGGAGUGGCUGGCUUGUGGGCCACAGAACCAAGCACUGUUUGAGUGGACGGACACAUAGCUCUGUGCUCUGAUCCUCUAGCAUUGGUCAUGUCCAUGCCCACUGAGGGCACCCCACCGCCCCUAAGUGGUACCCCCAUCCCAGUUCCAGCCUACUUCCGACAUGCAGAGCCUGGUUUCUCCCUCAAAAGGCCCGGGGGCCUCAGCCGGAGCCUUCCACCGCGGCCCCCUGCCAAGGGCAGCAUCCCUGUCAGCCGCCUCUUCCCUCCUCGGACUCCAGGCUGGCACCAGCCCCAGCCCCGGAGGGUGUCAUUCCUGGGUGAGACCUCAGAGACCCUGCAGAGUCCUGGAUAUGACCCAAGCCGGCCAGAGUCCUUCUUUCAGCAGAACUUCCAGAGGCUUAGCCGUCUAGGUCAUGGCUCCUACGGAGAGGUCUUCAAGGUGCGCUCCAAGGAAGAUGGCCGACUCUAUGCUGUUAAGCGCUCCAUGUCACCAUUCCGAGGCCCCAAAGACCGGACUCGCAAGCUGGCUGAGGUAGGCGGCCAUGAGAAGGUGGGGCAGCACCCACACUGCGUGAGACUGGAGCAGGCCUGGGAGGAGGGCGGCAUCCUAUACCUGCAGACAGAGCUCUGUGGGCCCAGCCUGCAGCAACACUGUGAAGCCUGGGGGGCCAGCCUGCCUGAGGCCCAGGUCUGGGGCUACUUGCGGGACACUCUUCUGGCUCUGGACCACCUACAUAGUCAAGGCCUAGUUCACCUUGAUGUCAAGCCUGCCAACAUCUUCUUGGGGCCCCGGGGCCGCUGCAAGCUGGGUGACUUUGGACUCCUGGUGGAUCUGGGUUCAACUGGCGCUGGUGAGGCUCAGGAGGGCGACCCUCGCUACAUGGCCCCAGAACUGCUGCAAGGCUCCUACGGGACAGCCGCAGACGUGUUCAGUCUGGGUCUCACCAUCUUGGAAGUGGCCUGCAACAUGGAGCUGCCCCAUGGUGGGGAGGGCUGGCAGCAGCUGCGCCAGGGAUACUUGCCCCCCGAGUUCACUGCUGGUCUGUCUUCUGAGCUGCGUUCUGUCCUCACAAUGAUGUUGGAGCCUGACCCCCAGCUUCGAGCCACAGCUAAGGCCCUGCUGGCCCUGCCCAUGCUGAGGCAGCCACGUCCCUGGAAUGUUCUGUGGUAUAUGGCUGCAGAAGCUCUGAGUCGAGGUUGGGCCCUGUGGCAGGCACUGAUCACUCUGCUAUGCUGGCUCUGGCAUGGUCUGGCUCAUCCUGCCAGCUGGCUGCAGCCUCCGGGCCCACCAGCCACGCCGCCUGGCUCUCCACCUUGCAGCCCCCUCCUGGACAGCAGCCUCUCCAGCAGCUGGGAUGACGACAGCAUAGGUCCCUCGCUCUCCCCAGAGACCAUCUUGUCCCGGAUCACUAGGAGAACCUCUACCCCUCGAGGCAGGUACACACCAAGGGAUGCCCUGGACCUAACUGACAUGGACUCGGAGCCUCCUAGAGGUCCCUGCCCUACCUUUGAGCCACGGAACCUCCUCAGCCUAUUUGAGGACUCACUAGACCCAGCCUGAGCCAUAGGCCCAGUCUUGGUGCUUUUAAACCUCUGACCCUCUUCCUACCUCUCCCCUGGAAACUUCUGUAUCUAAUAAAAAGUAAUGAAUCUUGGGAGCACCCAAGGUUGCUCAUGUGGCAA